CUUUACAAGGAAGCGGAGGGAAUAUUGGGGCGAGAGAGAGUGAAGCUACUGCAUCUAUAUUUAGGCCGGAGCUAUGACAUCAUCAGGUCGCGCCGGCAGUGAAGGGCGGGGUCGGCAGCAGAGCUCGGGACGGAGAGAGCGGCGGAGACAGAGAUGCUGCCAGACCUGCUGAGCUUUUCCAGGUAAUAAGAACAGCCAAGUCAGAUUUGGACACACCAGCGCCUGAACAAUAAUAUUGAGGGGAUACAUGUCCAAAAAUGGAGUUCCCUGACUUGGGGAAGCACUGUUCUGAGAAUUCCUGCAAAAGACUGGAUUUUCUUCCCAUGAAGUGUGAUGCAUGUUCACAGAUCUUCUGCAAGGACCACAUCAGCUAUGCACAGCACAAGUGUACAUCCUCCUAUAAAAAGGAUGUUCAGGUACCAGUGUGUCCAUUGUGUAACAUACCAGUUCCUGUCAGAAGGGGAGAAAUGCCAGAUAUUCGAGUUGGUGAGCAUAUAGACAGAGAGUGUAAAUCUGACCCUGCCCAGAAAAAGCGUAAGAUUUUUACAAACAAGUGUUCAAAGACCGGAUGCAAACAGAAAGAGAUGAUCAAAGUGACAUGUGACCAAUGUCACUUAAACUUCUGCUUAAAGCACAGGCACCCUUUGGAUCAUGAGUGCAAGGCUGAUGGGAAACGUGUCUCCAAAGCUGGUAAUGCUGCCAUUGAGAGAGUUCGGGGCACUUCAAAAUCCAGUGCGAUGCCAUCUACAAGCAAAGAGGCAUCUAGCAGCCGGCCAAAUGGACUGAAUGCAUCGGCCCACCCACAUUAUAACAGUAAUCCACCAAGACCAUCACAGAGACCCGUCCCUCCAGCUGCAUCCCUGCAAGGAGGAUUGAGUGAAGAGCAAGCACUGCAGAGAGCUUUGGAGAGAUCGUUGGCUGAAUCUUCCAGCAAUGCAGCUCCCAGCCGUGAGGAGCAGGAGGACUUGGCCUUGGCCCGUGCUAUUGCUGCUAGUGAGGAAGAGUUCCGCAGACAACAGCAGCAGACACAACAGCGAGGUUCCAGGUCCUUGCCAUGUAAACUAUCUUGACCCUGGCAUUCUGACUGUGACACUACCUUAUUUUCGAUUUCUUAAUCCAUGUCCAUGGAGCCUGGGACUGGACCACACUUCCUGGGGGGAAGGAAAAAUCGAGCUUCUGGUUUAAGGAAAUAAAUGCCCUUUGCCCAGUGAAUGUUCCUGUAACUCUGUAUGAUUCUAUUAAGAAAUCUGAGUUUUUCUGUUGAAUUCUUAUAAAUUUAUAUCUAACUGAAUAAUAAAGAGCAAAGCAAUGUGUAUAGUAGCAGUGUGCACAAAGUGCAGCUAUCCUAUUUAAUCAUGAUUAUGUAUGGUAUUGAUGAUUUCUAAGAAUAAAAUAUUUUAAAAAUGG